CCUGCAGAGCGGUGGCAGCGGUCCCCUUCUGAUGGAAGGAUGGUUGUUCUCAGGCAGUUUGGGCUGCUGCUCUGGAAGAAUUAUAUCCUGCAGAAACGGCAGAUCUUGGUGACAGUCAUAGAAAUCUGCCUGCCACUGCUCUUCGCUGCCAUCCUGAUAGCCCUGCGGCACCGGGUGCACUCCAUCAGCCACCCCAAUGCCACUGUCUACCCCCCUGAGUCUGUGGAUGACCUGCCAGGCUUCUUCUACCGCCGGCACCCCAGCAACCCCUGGGAGCUGGCUUACGUCCCCUCCAACAGCAGCGCUGUCAGGAGCAUUGCCGAGGCAGUGGAGAGAGCUUUACCCAUCAGCAUCAGAGCUCAGGGCUUUGCCUCAGAGCGGGACUUUGAGGAGUAUGUCAAGUCAGACAACCGCUCGGGCAGCGUGCUGGCCGCCAUCGUGUUCAAGCACCGCUUCCAGCAGAGCUCGGCCCCGCUGCCCCUCCAGGUCAGCUAUGAGCUGCGCUUCAAGUACAGCCCGAGGAACGCGCCGCGGAGCGAACAGACGGGGCUGAACCCCAACCUGGACCGGGACUGGCACACCAGCUACCUCUUCCCACUCUUCCAGCUGCCCGGUCCCCGGGAGGCCAAGUUUGCUGAUGGGGGGACACCAGGCUACAUCCGAGAAGGUUUCCUGGCAGUGCAGCAUGCAGUGGACAGAGCCAUCAUGCAGUACCACACCAACGCCAGCUCCACCAGCCUGCUGGAGAACAUCACGGUGGUGGUGCAGCGCUUCCCCUACCCGGCAUACGUCAACGACCUCUUCCUCCUCGCCAUCCAGAACCAGCUGCCCUUGCUGCUUAUGCUCAGCUUCACCUACACCUCACUCAACAUAGUCCGAGCUGUCGUGCACGAGAAGGAGAAGAAGCUAAAGGAGUACAUGCACAUGAUGGGUCUCAGCAACUGGUUGCACUGGAGCGCCUGGUUCCUCAUGUUCUUCCUCUUCCUCCUGGUGUCCGUGUUUUUCGUCACUGUGCUCUUCUGUGUCAAGGUGAGCGAACAGGGAGCAGUGCUCACCAACAGCGAUCCCACACUGGUGUUCACCUUCCUUGCCGUCUUCUCCAUCUCCUCUAUCUCCUUCAACUUCAUGGUGAGCACCUUCUUCUCGAGAGCAAAUGUUGCAGCUGCUGCUGGCGGCUUCCUCUACUUUUUCUCCUACAUCCCUUACUUCUUUAUCUCGCCCCGCUACGACCUGAUGUCCCACAGCCAGAAGCUGGCGUCCUGCCUCAUCUCCAAUGUGGCCAUGGCCAUGGGGGCACAGCUUAUAGGCAUGUUUGAAGGAAAAGGGACUGGCAUUCAGUGGAGGGACCUGAUGAAGCCCGUCAGCGUAGAUGACAACUUCACCUUAGCCCAGGUGCUGGGGAUGCUGCUCCUGGACUCAGCGCUGUACGGCGUGGUGGCCUGGUACGUGGAGGCCGUCUUUCCAGGGGAGUACGGCGUGCCUCAGCCGUGGUACUUCUUCUUGACGCCCUCAUACUGGUGUGGACGCCCCAGGACUGUCGUUGGAAAAGAGAAGGAGGAGGAGGAGGACCCUGAGAAAGCUCUGAAGAGCCAGUACAUUGAGGAGGAACCAGCUGACCUCGUGUCAGGAAUCAAAAUAAAGCACCUUUCCAAGGUCUUCAAAGUGGGAAACAAGAUGAAAGAGGCAGUCAAGGACUUAACGGUGAACAUGUAUGAAGGGCAGAUCACAGUCCUUUUGGGACACAACGGUGCUGGGAAGACCACCACUCUGUCAAUGCUCACAGGUCUGCACUCUCCAACGAGUGGGCAGGCGUACAUCAAUGGCUACGAAAUCUCCCAGGACAUGGUCCUGAUCCGCCGCAGCCUGGGCCUGUGUCCCCAGCACGACGUCCUCUUUGACAACAUGACGGUGGAAGAGCACCUCCACUUCUAUGCAGGGCUGAAGGGGUACCCACCCUCCAAGUGCCCCGAGGAGAUCAACCACAUCCUGAGGAUCCUCAACCUGGAGGACAAGCGCCGCUCUCUGACCAAGGCGCUCUCCGGGGGCAUGAAGCGCAAGCUCUCCAUUGGCAUCGCCCUCAUUGGGGACUCCAAGGUGGUGAUGCUGGAUGAGCCGACAUCAGGGAUGGACCCAGCCUCUCGUAGGGCCACGUGGGACCUCCUGCAGCAGCAGAGAAGCAACCGCACCAUCCUGCUGACCACCCACUUCAUGGAUGAGGCUGAUCUGCUGGGGGACCGCAUAGCCAUCAUGGCCAAGGGCGAGCUGCAGUGCUGCGGCUCCUCGCUCUUUCUCAAGCGUAAAUAUGGGGCAGGAUAUCACAUGGUGAUGGUGAAGGAGCCCUACUGUAACCUGGGGGAGAUCUCCCGCCUCAUCUGUCACUAUGUGCCCAAUGCCACCAUGGAGAGCAACGCCGGGGCCGAGCUUUCCUUCAUCCUGCCCAAGGAGAGCACACACAGGUUUGAAGCCCUGUUCACGGAGCUGGAGCAGAAGCGGGAGGAGCUGGGCAUCGCCAGCUAUGGCGCCUCGGUCACCACCAUGGAGGAAGUCUUCCUGAGGGUUGGGAAGCUGGUGGACUCCAGCAUGGAUAUCCAGGCCAUCCAGCUGCCUGCUCUCCAGUACCAGCACGAGAGACGCUCCAAUGACUGGGCCAUGGAUGACUCCAGCAGCCUGAGCGGGAUGACGGAUAUGACGGACGACAGCGGGGCGCUCAUUACCGAGGACUGCUCCAGCAUCAAGCUCAACACCGGGUUCUACCUGUGCUGCCAGCAGUUCUACGCCAUGUUCAUGAAGCGAGCCAUGUACAGCUGGCGCAACUGGAAGAUGGUGGCAGCGCAGUUCCUCGUGCCUCUGAUCUUCACUGCCUUUGCCCUCAUCGUGGCCAAGACCUUCCCGGGACCCAGGGACUCCUCCCUGCUGAGGCUGACGCUGGAGCCCUAUGGCCAGACCAUCGUACCUUUCUGCGUCUCGGCCGCCUCAGGCCUGUCACAGAGGUUGGCAGAGCAGUACGUGGAGCUGCUGGAUGCCCAGCAUCAGUCACCGCUGGAGGUGCUGGGUGGCCUGGAGGAGUACCUCAUCUCAAGAGCCUCCAAGGAAGGAGGAGCCUUCAACGAGCAUUACAUUGCAGCUGCCUCCUUCGAAGGAGCCGGGAACCACACGGUGGUCACUGCGCUCUUCAACAACCAGGCCUAUCACUCCCCGGCCACAGCCCUUAUGCUGGCUGACAACGCUGUCUUCAGGGUACUGGCAGGCCUCAAUGCCUCCAUCACAGUCACCAACUACCCUCAGCCCCGCAACAUCACCGAGAAGGCCAAAGACCAGCUCAUGGAAGGCCAGACGGGGUUUGCCAUUGCCAUCAACUUGCUGUACGGCAUGGCCUCACUCGCCAGCACCUUCGCUCUGCUGCUGGUCAGCGAGCGGGCCAUCAAAGCCAAGCAUGUCCAGUUUGUCAGCGGCGUCUACGUGGUCAACUUCUGGCUGUCUGCCCUCCUCUGGGACAUCAUCAACUUCCUCAUCCCUUGUGCUCUGAUGCUGGUGAUAUUCCAAGCCUUUGAUGUGCAAGCCUUCACCCAAGACAGCCACCUCGUUGAUGUGAUGCUGAUCUUCCUCCUUUAUGGCUGGGCCAUCAUCCCCCUCAUGUACCUCCUCAGCUUCUUCUUCUCAGUGGCAGCCACAGCCUACACCCGUCUCACCAUCUUCAAUAUCCUCUCAGGCACUGCCACCUUCCUCGCAGUCACCAUCAUGAGCAUCCCAGAGCUGGGCUUGGUGGACCUCUCCAAAACCCUGGAUAAAGUCUUUCUUGUCUUACCCAAUUACUGCUUGGGCCAAUGCAUCAGUGACUUCUACCAGAACUAUGAGUUUAUUCAGUUUUGUACCUCCUCUGUUGAAGCCAUCUUCAUCUGCAAGGCAUUCAAUAUCAGUUAUCAGAUGAACUACUUUUCCUGGGAGACGCCGGGGAUUGGACGAUACCUGACUUCCUUGACCGUCCAGGGCUUCUCCUUCCUCUUCCUCCUUUUCCUCAUUGAGACAAACCUUCUCUGGAGACUGAGAACUUUGGUCUGUGGCAUCUGCAGGCGGCGAAAAUGGGUGGCAUUGCUGAACAGGGUGUCGGUGCUGCCAGAGGACCGGGAUGUGGCAGAUGAGAGGAAGAAGGUUUUGGAGUCACCACCAGAACUGCUGUCAUCGCUCAGCAGCCCUCUGGUCAUUAAGGAGCUCACCAAGGUCUAUGACAGCCGGGAAUCCCUGCUGGCGGUGGACAGGAUCUCCUUGGCAGUCAGCAAAGGGGAAUGCUUUGGUCUUCUUGGCUUCAAUGGAGCGGGAAAAACCACCACCUUCAAGAUGCUGACUGGUGAUGAGAGCAUCACAUCGGGGGAUGCCUUUGUGGAUGGCCACAGCAUUCUGGCCAACAUCAAAAAGGUCCAGCAGCGGAUCGGCUACUGCCCACAGUUUGAUGCCCUCCUGGACCACAUGACGGGCCGUGAGACCCUGAGCAUGUACGCCCGGCUGCGGGGCAUCCCCGAGCGCUACAUCGGCAGCUGUGUGGAGAACAUGCUGAGAGGGCUGCUCCUGGAGCCCCACGCCGACAAGCUUGUGAGGACCUACAGCGGCGGUAACAAGCGGAAGCUGAGCGCUGGCAUUGCCCUCAUUGGUGGUCCCCCCGUCAUCUUCCUGGAUGAGCCCUCCACUGGCAUGGACCCCGUGGCCCGGCGUUUGCUCUGGGACGCAGUGACACGGACACGGGAGUGUGGCAAAUCCAUCAUCUUCACCUCUCACAGCAUGGAGGAGUGCGAGGCCCUGUGCACGCGGCUGGCCAUCAUGGUGAACGGGCAGUUCAAGUGCCUGGGCAGCCCCCAGCACCUGAAAAGCAAGUUUGGCAGUGGCUACACCUUGCUGGCCAAAACACGGAGUGAGGAGGAGGGUGAGCUGCAGGCCUUCAAGGCCUUCGUGGAGAAGACUUUCCCAGGUAGUGUCCUGAAACACGAGCACCAGGGCAUGGUACACUAUCACUUGACCAGCAAGAACCUCAGCUGGGCACAGGUCUUUGGGGCCUUGGAGAAAGCCAAAGAGAAGUAUCGCUUGGAAGACUAUUCGGUGAGCCAGAUCUCCCUGGAGCAAGUCUUCAUGAGCUUCACUCGCUUCCAGCACUACACAGAGGACAGAGGGAAAUGAGCAGAAGCCCCCACUGGUGCCCUUCAUCAUGGACUGGCCCUGCUGCCUAUACAUAGUAUAUAUAGAGACAGUAAUUUAUAUAUUGGCGUGUCUUAAAUAAUGUAUAAAUGUAAGAAACUUUUCACCGGGGAGGGGGGAGAAGAUGGCAUUGUACCUUCUGCCAUCAGGAGCGCCAGGGGUGCGUGUGCAUUGCGUGCUGCCGCAGUGCCGGUCUGUGUGUGAGUGUGUGUGUGUGUGUGUGUGCAUGUGACACUUCCACCCUCCAGCCUUCAUCCCCAUCUUUACAGAAAAAAAAAAAAAAGCCCAAAAAGAAGGGGGAAGCCUGGAGGGGUGGAGAGGGGUGGUGGGGAGAAGGCUGUCAGAGGAGGCGUGGGAUGCUGUUCCCAGAUGGCACAGCACUCCCCCUGCCCUUGCCCUUUUCCCUGCCCAACGCUCACACCCAUCAGGACGCUGCUUUGUGGUCUUGGCCCGCAUGUUGAUGUGUAUUGUUAGGUGGUUUGCUCGUGGUUUAACAGGAGGCUGUCACAUAGCUUAGAUCCGAGCUGUUUGCUGGGUGAAUCGGGAUGUGCUGCUUUCAGAAGCACUCGGUGAAUCGUGGAGAGGACAAGGCAUGCCUCCCGGCCAGCCCCUCCAUGGCAUGGAGGAGGCUCCGUCUCCUUUAACCUCUUAGAAAACUGUCCCCUCCUGCCUGCUGGCCCAGGGGUGGAGGCAAGCCGAGGGGCUGGCGCCGGGCCGAGUGCUGGCAGGAUGUGUUAAUGGAGAAGUGCCCAGAGCUCGGUUCCUCGGCACAGCACGUGCUGGGUACGGCUGCAGUGCCUGAGCGAGGGCUGAGAGGUGUCACAGGGGGCCUGGGGACGCUGCUGGCCUCACUUACUGCAUCCACAAAAAGGCUGAAGCAGCAGCGCUGCCCUCAGUGUGCUGGGCAGCCGCAGGACCAGAUUUGAAGGCCAGCGAUGCUCUUGCUGUGCCCCUGUCCUGCUGUGCUCUCCCCUUACACCCCACACAGCCUGACCAGAGCACACCUGUCCCAUGUGUGUUCCCCCCCUAUGCCGUCCCUGUCCCCUCUGCACCGUGCCAGGCUGCUCCGGAGGGGCCAAGGCACUGUCCUGCCCUUGCCCAGCUGUGGGGGAUGCUGCUGGGCACCGUGCAUCAGGCACCAGCACUGCCCAGCCUGGCCUGUGCCCAGUCAGAGGCAACAACUGGGAUUAUUUUUUUUUUUGGCAUUUCCCAGCAGUUGGGUUGCUUUGUUUGUUUGUUUGUUUUAAAUCCAUGUUGAUUCUUGUCUGUCCUUAACUAGUCCCUGUGUCACCUGGGGGCAGCCCCCUUUGGGCCAGCUGCUCCGUGAUCAAUGCAGAGCUAUUUGCACUAUAGUAAUACACACAAUUGCACAUAACAAAAUGAAUUAAUAUUUAUGGCAAGGGGUGCUGAUUCCCUUCUAGUGAUUGCAUUGUCAGGGGUUGGGUUAUAUUUUUGGGUUGGGUUUUUGUUUUGUUUCUGUGACUGACUCAUUCUUUCCUGUUCCAUUUUUUCCCUUUGCCUAAUGUUGUUGUUCAAAACGAUGGUGCAUCAUGUUACUAAGAAUUUCCCUGGAUCUUAAUGACGUGUGUUUUUAUUAGUAAGCAGCCAGCAGGUGAAUGGCAUCCCUGGAACACCUCGGAGCCCUUCAGAGCUGCUGACAAGGACGGUUUGCUCCUUGGGAGCAUCUCUGCCGGCAGCAGAGCCAGCUACUGCCAGGGGCACUGCAGUGGGAAAACCCCAGCACCAGCGCCUUUCCUGGGAGCAGCACCUGGGCAAGAAAAAGUGUGUGUGGGGGUGUGCUUUCUGAUGGGAGGGGACCUGAGGCCACCAGCAAAGUGCUGGGGCUCCCAGUAACUGCUUUUUUUUGGAAGGAGAUAUAAAGCAGGGUGCAGCAGAGCCUCUGGGGCUUUGCCUGGGAUGGGGGAAGCAGUGGGAAAAUAAGGGCUUGCAGAUGUUAAUUGCCACAGGCUGGCAGCACCCUGAGCACAGCAGCAACAGGCAGCACAACCAAGCCCCCCCGUGUCCAUCUGGUGACUCCCCUGCAAGGCUUGGUCCUGGGGCACAUUGGCAGCAUAACACACACGCCCCCCCCCAAGUGCCUGCAGAUGCCACAGUGGAGCCAGUGGUAGAGGAGUCAGGGGCAAGGAUGGCAUCUCCUGGCACCAGCCCACCUCCACCAGGAUCAUCCUGGCCUAAAACAAAGUCUUAACAAAGCAGCAUUUCUUGGUGUCACAGUGCUGUAACAACCCUUCCCUCUUGCCAGAGCAGAGCUGCUGGCUCUGUGUGGUGCUGCUCAGUGUUCCAGUUACAACUGCAGUGCCCAGUUACCCCAGCCCAGGGCCAGAAGGUGGGACAGGGCUGGCUCAGCCAGGCACAUUAGCCAGGUUUUGUGCUGGCAGGGUCACAGCUGCUGUUGGCAACACUCUGGCCUCCCAGGCAGCAGCAGCCAUGUGUGGUGGGAGAAGCAUCACAGGUUCCAGGUGUUGCUGCUCCCUUCUGGCUGCAGUGUGGUUGUUAUUCAUCAUAGGAAUAAUAAAUUUUUUUUUUUCCAGUGGAUGUUUCCUGGCCUCCUUUGGAGUCAGAGAGCAGCUCCAACCCCCCUGGGCUUGGGCUGUUCUGCUCUCUGCUCUCAGCCUUGCAGGGGAGGACAUGGGGGAAUUGGGGUGUGCUCCAGAACCUGACCUGGAAGGGCCCAAUCCAUGUCCAUGGGAAAGUGCAUGGGCUAAGGGAUUUUUGUGGGCCAAAUGCCUGUGGGAGCAUAAGUUGAGGUCCCUAUCCCACCACAGGCAGUCACAACCACUCUCUCUUAGCUCCUCAAUGCACCCCAACAGCCAUGGGCAAGGGGGAGACCUUGAGGCUCAAAAUAGCCAUUAGAACAAUGUCAAGGGCCUCCAUGGCAGUAGGUGGACUGGCCCCAGCACCCUCAUUCCUGCAGCUUUACCCUCCUACAUGCUGCAGCCUGGCUCUGAACCACAGCCAGGGAGCUUGGCCCCCUUCCCCUGUCACUUGCUGAUGCCCAAAUGUCCCCCUGCCCCCUCCCAACACACACCCAAGGCAGCACCAGGCCCUGGCUAAGCACAGGGAGAUGAAGCAGCACCCAGGCAAGGAUGCAGCUCCGAGGAAGCCAGGGGAAAACUCCAAGCCCUCUUCCAGAGUAGCACAGCACCCAACAACUCAGCCACGAGCAUCCCCCCUCCACAGGGAUGCCCUGCUCCGCACCAGCCCAGGGCACAACACUGCACCCCAGCUGCUUCACCACCUCCUGCAAACACAUCCUCCCCCUCCUGCAAGUGUCUCUCCACGGGCAGUUUCAGCACUUUAUUGUCUGGCAGUCCUGCUACAGCACCCCACUGUCCUCCCCGUGGCUCCCGCUGCGGCAGGGGUUCCGCUCCCUCAUCCCCAACACGGCACCACAGUGUCCCUGGGAGCUGGAAGCUGCAGCGGUCCAAAAACUGGCACUUAAGGAAUCCUGGCUGGGGCCGCAGGCUGCUCCUCCACGCCGGGCGCAGGGAAGGGGCAUGUGGCCAGGCAUGGCUGUGGUCCGGUCCUGCUGGCCUCACUGGGCUGGCAGCAUGGGUCACUUGAUUUCGGUCAUCAUUUUAAAAAUGUGGUUCUCUAAAAUGCCACUGAUUCUGGGUUCUGACCAGAUGCUCUCACCUUUGUUUCUCUUUAAAAAAAAAACAAAC